ACAGCCAUGAACUUCCUCCGGAGGCGUCUUUCCGACAGCAGCUUUGUGGCCAACCUGCCCAAUGGCUACAUGCCGGACCUGCAGCGCCCAGAAAGCUCCAGUAGCUCCCCAGCAUCCCCGGCCACUGAGAGGAGGCACCCCCAGCCCUUGGCUGCCUCCUUCUCUUCUCCAGGAUCCAGUCUAUUCAGCUCCUUCUCCAGUGCCAUGAAACAGACCCCACAGACCCCCUCGGGGUUAAUGGAACCACCAACUCCUGUCACACCCGUGGUUCAGAGACCCAGGAUCUUGUUGGUGAUCGAUGAUGCCCACACAGACUGGUCAAAGUACUUCCACGGGAAGAAAGUGAAUGGUGACAUUGAGAUCCGAGUGGAGCAGGCAGAGUUCUCUGAGCUGAACCUGGCUGCUUAUGUUACCGGAGGCUGCAUGGUAGACAUGCAAGUUGUGAGAAAUGGCACCAAAAUUGUGAGGUCCUUCAAACCGGACUUCAUCCUGGUUCGACAGCAUGCCUACAGCAUGGCCCUGGCUGAGGACUACCGCAGCCUGGUCAUAGGCCUUCAGUAUGGAGGGCUUCCUGCUGUCAACUCUCUCUACUCCGUAUACAACUUCUGCAGCAAGCCCUGGGUGUUCUCUCAGCUCAUUAAGAUCUUCCAUUCUUUGGGUCCUGAGAAGUUUCCACUUGUGGAGCAAACAUUUUUCCCCAACCACAAGCCAAUGCUCACAGCCCCACACUUCCCCGUGGUGAUCAAGCUGGGACAUGCUCAUGCUGGCAUGGGAAAGAUCAAAGUAGAAAACCAGCAUGACUACCAGGACAUCACUAGUGUGGUGGCCAUGGCCAAAACCUAUGCCACCACUGAAGCCUUUAUCGACUCCAAGUAUGACAUCCGCAUACAGAAGAUUGGAUCCAACUACAAGGCAUACAUGAGAACCUCCAUCUCUGGAAACUGGAAGGCCAACACAGGUUCUGCCAUGCUGGAGCAGGUGGCCAUGACAGAGAGGUACAGGCUAUGGGUGGACAGCUGCUCAGAAAUGUUCGGCGGCCUAGACAUCUGUGCUGUCAAGGCUGUCCACAGCAAGGAUGGGAGAGAUUACAUCAUCGAGGUCAUGGACAGUUCAAUGCCUCUGAUUGGAGAGCAUGUCGAAGAGGACAAGCAUUUAAUAGCCGACCUUGUUGUCUCCAAGAUGAGCCAACUCCUGGUGCCAGGGGGCACGGUGCCCUCACCCCUGAGACCUUGGGGUCCACAGACUAAACUUGCAAAAUCUCCAGGGCAAGGCCAGCUGGGAUCUCAGCUAGGACAGCCCCAGCCAAGGCCACCUCCCCAAGGGGGCCCUCGCCAAGCUCAGUCUCCCCAGCCUCCCAGAUCUAGAAGUCCAUCCCAACAGAGGCUUUCCCCACAAGGCCAGCAGCCUGUGAGCCCUCAGUCAGCAUCUCCACAGCAGCAGAGGUCACCAGGCUCUCCACAGUUAUCCAGGGCAUCUGGUGGCACUUCUCCAAACCAGGCCUCCAAGCCAUAUCCCCGGCCACCCGUGCAGGGCCGAAGCACCUCCCAGCAGAGUGAAGAGCCCCAAAAGUCAGCACCACCUCACCCCCACCUCAACAAAUCUCAGUCCCUGACUAACAGCCUCAGUACGUCAGAUGCCUCCCAUCGAGGGAACCCAAGUGAAGACGAGGCCAAGGCUGAGACCAUCCGCAACCUGAGGAAGUCUUUUGCCAGUCUCUUCUCUGACUAG